AUGGCUGUGAACAAGAAAUUGAAGCCCAUCUCUGGCAGGCUUCAGGAUAAAAUCAUUGUCAUUACUGGCGGGGCUGGCAACAUUGGGGUGGUCACUGCACAACGCUGUCUUCUCGAAGGGGCGAAGGUGGUCUUGAUUGACCUCAAUGAGACCCAACUUAAUGUCGCAAAAACAACUCUGAGCGCGGGUUGCAAGUCUUCCAUCGAAUCUCCCCAGGAGAGGAUAUUAGCAAUCAAAGCAGACGUCACCGAUGAGUUGCAAAUGGAGAACGCAUUGAAGCAAAGUGUUGCCACUUUUGGAGGCCUCGACACCUGCUUCCUCAAUGCGGGUAUAUCAUACCAGGCAACACCCCUACUGGAUACAAGUGUGGAAUUAUUCGACCGUUGCAUGAACGUCAAUACCAAGUCCGGCACGCUUGAAGACUUACAUGCAGAAGCAUUCAUCGGGCUAAAACAUGCCGGAAGGAUCAUGAGAGACAGUGGUAGUGGACAAGGGAGCAUCAUUCUGGCAUCAUCAGCCGCUGGGCUCAUCGCUCGUCCCGGCAUGACUGCAUAUGGCUGCUCAAAGCAGGCACUGCGAAGCCUUGCAAUGUAUGGUGCUGCCGAGUUGGGCCAAUAUGGAAUUCGAGUCAACACGGUACACCCCUGUGGCGUAAAUAGUCCAAUGUUCCUGGACUGCUGGCCGGAGCAUAAGAUCAAAGAGAUGCUAGCAGCCCUACCUUUGGGUCGGUUGGCUGAAGCAGACGACAUAGCGGCUAUGGUCACCUUUCUCGCCAGUGAUGAUGCUCAGUUUUUGACAGGAGGGACUUUCAAAGUGGACGGAGGCCAAGCGAAUUACUAG